ACUUCGAUUUUUGUAAAUAUCUGUAAGUUACGAAUCUUUAAUGGACUCAACAGUCUUUGUUCGCCAAAUCAAGUGAAAUAGUAUUUUGAGGCUAUUACCGUAGUUUUAGAGUGUAGACCUUUUCUUUUUUUUUGCAAUUAAGAUGAAUCGCGAACUUUUCGAUUUUAUUUUUUUACUAUUACUGAUAUUGGAUUUUUUUUAAUUAAGUAAUUAAAUUUUUCAUGUAGAAAGUUAUCAUGCCACUCUCACCACUAUCAGAGAGCGAAUCUCCUCUUCAUAAUAAUACCAAUGAAGAUACAUUUAUCAAUCCUUUCGAAAUUUCGGAUAAUGUUUCUUCGGCAGAUCCUAAUAUAACAAUAGAGCCUGAUGAUGUUGGUCUUUCAACAGAUAAUAAAUCUCAAACAAAAGCAAAAAGCCCAACACCUAAAACUACAACUACUAUCAAUAUUGAACAAACUUCAACAUCUGUUUCAGGAUCAAUUGGUCAACAAACCAGACCUUAUGCUAAUGAUACUCUCGACGAACCAGUCUCAGUAACCAUUCUUCGUGAUUUGAGGAAUGUGGCAAUUAAAUUACAACAGGUUCUUAAUCCAAAAGGGCGUAGAGAUGUAUUAAAAGAUUGGGAUUUAUGGGGUCCUUUGAUCCUUUGUUUGUCUUUAGCAAUAAUUUUGAGCUUUAAUGGACCAACAGGACAAGAUAUCUCGAUUUUUACCGGUGUUUUUGUUAUUGUGUGGUGUGGAUCUGCUAUCGUGACGAUAAACGCUAAAUUAUUGGGGGGAGCUGUUUCAUUUUUCCAGAGUGUUUGUACUCUAGGUUACUGUAUUUUUCCGUUGGUGCUUAUUGCUUUUGUAAAUAUUUUUACAAGCAAUAUUUUUAUAAGGAUUCCACUCGUGAUUCUUGCAUUAGGAUGGUCACUAUAUGCAUCUGUUAGCUUUCUUUCCGCAUCACAUUUAGCAAAUCGUCGGACAUUAGCUGUAUAUCCUCUCUUCUUAUUUUAUUCAGUUAUUGGUUGGAUGGUGUUUGUAACUGGAUUAUAAAAGUACAUCCGUAGGAAAUUUUUUUUGUGUGAUAGAAUUUAUUUAUUUAAUAUAGUUUCAUUGCCAUAUUUUGUGGAUCUUCACUAAAUUCCAAUCAAUUUUAAUUUUUCUUUGAUGCUAGUGCUAGAAGUUUUCUUGUUACUUCGAUGAUAAUUAUCUGCAAUAAUACUGAAAAUGAAUAAUAUAAAUUGCUUGAUUUUUGUGGUUUAAUAUAAUUUGAUAGAUAUGGUAUGAAUAUUGUAAUAAAUUUGAAAUUUGAAAUUGUGUUACUUACCAUGUCACAUAUCAACAUAUCAGAUAUACAAUAUAAAAAACUUAGUAUCAGAAUUUGUUGAUUUUAAAAUCAAGAUAUUUAUGUAUAUUUCAAUAAAUAAAUAUGUUCAAUCCGAUACAACAUUAUGUAAUUCGACUAAUUCGAGAUAUUGUCUCAAGCAUGUAUCAAUAAAAUAAUUUCAUUCUGGUUGUCAUUUUUGCUCCUGAAUUUUGCAGUAGAUCUGAA